UUACAUCAAACAAGCAACAUGGUGGACGAAGUGUAUAUAUUUCUGAGCAGAGAUUUUUGUAGAAUUUGAGCGGUCUAGAAGCAUAAUUCAUUAGAUAUAUCGUUUAUAAAGCUACCUCUGAAUUUGCCUUUUCUGAAAUGGAUAAAGAAGAAGAAAMACGGAAGAAAAAAGUCGACACGGCAGUAAAGUUUCUGCAGAACCCACGUGUUCGUCAGACUCCAAUGAGUCAGAGGAGGGCUUUCUUAGAGAAGAAAGGUCUGUCCAAGGAAGAGAUAGAGGAGGCUAUUUCUCUGUCUGGUACAGCUGCAGAUGAACACRUAGUCCCAUCGUCGGCAGUUGUCCCAUCUCAACCUGGGCUACCACCCCCUCCCCCACCACCUCCUACCAUACCCUGGAGGGGUUAUUUUGGUGCUGCUGUAAUAGGAGGCAGCCUUGGUUACCUGGUUAUCAAUCUUAUAAAGGUAAACCGGCUAAUCACAAUCUGUCAAUCAUACAAGCAGCCAAUCAUAAGCCAUUUUAUGUCUGUGCUAAUCAUAAAAUCAGCCAAUCAUGAACAGUGUUAUGUUCCUCAGUCAUGAAGGCAGCCAAUGACUAACAGGGUUAUAUCUUUAUCAAUCAUAAAAUCAGCCAAUCAUGAACAGUGUUAUAUUCCUCAGUUAUG